CAUCAGAAAAUCCACACUGGAGAGAAACCUCACCAGUGUCUGGAAUGUGGGAAAUGUUUCCGUAGAAAAUCCACUCUCAGAAACCACGAGAGAAUCCACACAGGGGAGAAACCUUACAAGUGUUGGGAAUGUGGGAAGAGCUUUUCUCAGAAAGCUCAUCUUUGUUCCCAUGAGAAGAUUCAUGCAGGAAUCAAACCUUACAAAUGCUUUGAGUGUGGAAAAUGUUUCCGUAGAAAAUCCACUCUCAGAAACCACGAGAGAAUCCACACAGGGGAGAAACCUUACAAGUGUUGGGAAUGUGGGAAGAGCUUUUCUCGGAAGUCAACUCUUUCGUCCCAUGAGAAGAUGCAUGCAGGAAUAAAGCCUUACAAAUGCUUUGAGUGUGGGAAAUGUUUCACCCAGAGUUCAGGUCUUCGGAGUCAUGUGAAAACACACACAGGGGAAAAACCCCAUAAAUGUGAGGAAUGUGACAUAUGCUUUAGUCAAAAGUCAUACCUCCUUAGACAUCAGAAAAUCCACACUGGAGAGAAACCUUAUCAAUGUCUGGAAUGUGGGAAAUGUUUCCGUGAAAAAUCCUCUCUGAGAAUCCACGAGAGAAUCCACACAGGGGAGAAGCCUUACAAGUGUUGGGAAUGUGGGAAGAGCUAUUCUCAUAAGCAAAAUCUUUCGAUCCAUGAGAAGAUCCAUGCAGGAGUAAAGUCUUACAAAUGCUUUGAGUGUGGAAAAUGUUUCACCCAGAGUUCAGGUCUUCGGAAUCAUUGGAAAAAACACACAGGGGAGAAAAAUGAAAAGUGCCUCGAAUGUGGGAAAUGUUUUACCUUGAAAGGAAGCCUGGUGCAACAUCAGAGACGUCACAGGGGAGAGAAACCCUAUGAAUGCCCAGAAUGUGAGAAACGAUUUGUGCAUUCUUACAAUCUUCAGAAACACCAGGAAUGGCACAAAGAAAAGUUACCUUACACAUGUGGGGAGUGUGGGAAAGGCUUUCGUGCACAACGUGAGGUUCAAAUUCAUCAGAGAAGCCACACAGGGGAGAAACCCUACAAAUGUGCAGAAUGUGGGCAAUGCUUCUCCCGAAAACACCACCUUGGAAAGCAUCAGAGGGUCCACACAGGAGAGACGCCAUACAGCUGUGUAGAAUGUGGAAAAUGCUUUGCUCAUAAGGAAGGACUUUGGAUACAUCAUAAAAUCCACACAGGGGAGAAACCGCAUCAAUGCAAUGAAUGUGGACAAUCCUAUCGUACCGCAUCAAUCCUUAGUCGUCAUGUGAAAACUCACACGGGGGAAAAAAACUACAAAUGUUUAGACUGUGGGAAAGUAUAUGCUCACUCAUCUUCCCUUAGAAGUCACAGCCGAAUCCAUACAGGAGAGAAGCCGUAUAAAUGCUUACAGUGUGGUCGGUGUUUUGCUCGGAGAGAUACUCUUGUGAAGCAUCAGCGACUCCAUACUGGUGAAAAACCAUUUAAAUGUCUGGAGUGUGGGAAAUGUUUUACCCAACUUUCAUUACUUCGCAUGCACACCAGACAUCACACAGGAGUGUGGCCUUACAAGUGUGCCGAGUGUGAGAAACCAUUCCAUUGCAAAUCAAAGUUAAGCCUCCAUCAGAAAAUCCAUAGCCGAGAUAAACCUACUGUAUUUUUUGGAGUAUAAGACGCUCCAAAGUAUAAGCUUUUCGGAAGGAAAACGGGGGGCGGGGGAUCUGCCUCUCCUUCCCAGCAAUUUUCCUCCUUGCACCAAACUUAAACAGUACAGAAGAUAUACACUCUUUGUGAUGUUACAUUUCAGACUAUACUUGUUCACAAAGCAGCAUUAGUGACUUAUCCGAUUUAUUACUCAAAAGAUGUGUGUGUGUGGGAUUAUAUAUAAUAUUUUGCAGAUACAGGAAGUCUUUGAUUUAUGACCACAAGUGGGAAUGGAUUUCUGGUCAUAAGUUCUUACAGUCAAGGCAUCCUGUUAUUUGGGGUAUUUUGGUUCAUCCUUACAGGGCCUUUGUUAAUCUGAAGAUUAAUCUGAAGAACUGAAGAUUUGAAGAGCAGAAAAUGCGGUGAGGGAUGGAAUGAAGAUGUUUCUUUCUUUUACUAUCUUUUUGGGAUGGAUUUUUUUUUGCUUUUCUCACAUUGUCUUUUUCAUACGUUCAAACACACAUAUGCAUACACAUACAUACAGUAUAUUCACAGACAUUAGGUACUUGUAUUGAGUUUCUUUGUUUGUUCUGCGAAUAUACUGUAUUUUUCAGAGUAAAAGACGCAUCUUUUUCCCUUAAAAAAAGUGGGGUGAACACCUGGGUGCAUGUUAUACAUUGAAUACAGCACUUUUGGCCUCCUGAAACCCCACCCUGUGGAUCCCGUUUUUAGCAAAACUGGACGCGCAGAGUGUUUGGGAGAACUGCAAAGUACUGGGGGGCUGGGGCAACUCUUUGAAUGUCCUAGAAUGGCCCAAGCAGAGCCCUGACUUGACCCCUAUUGAGCACAUCUGGAAGGACAUCAAAAUGCCUCUCCACCAAUGGUUGCCAUCUGUCCUGACUGAGCUGGAGAGGAUUUGCAAGGAAGAAGGGCAGAAAAUCCCCCGACCCAGAUGUGCAAAGCUUGUUGCGACAUACACCAAAAGAUUCGAGGCUGUAACUGCCACCAAAGUUCCUUCAACAAAGAAACUGACUGAACGGUAUGGUCUGGAUACUUAUGCCAAUGUCUUAUUUCAGUUUUUUAUACAUUUGAGGACAUUUCUAAAAUUCUGUUUUCGUUUCUCAUUACACAGG